GUCAUUCUAGGGAUUCUGUAACAAAUUUCGGAGAAUUGAAGAGCACAACAGGCCAUUGACGUCGAUAUAUGAAUACAGUGUACAUGUUCAAGACCGACUUACUAACUUGAAGGAUUCUUCGUUGUGAUAAUACCCUGUUAAGGAAGAUUUCAACACAGGCAUAUUAUCGAGUUUCACUUGAAUAACAAGUUACUUUUUGUUUUGGUUGACCUUAUCGUUCGUGAUUUGGUCAACUUGUUGAUGAUAAUUUAUUUAGAUUCUACUUCUAUAGCAAGUGUUCAUCUUUCUUUGCACUUAAAGAUCAAUCUGUCAAAAUAGGGUCUGUAAUAUCCUUGGUAUAAAAAUGGACUUGGGGGAUAGUCCUAUCACACUAGUUAUCAAAGCUCCGAACCAGAGACUUGAAGACCAGACUGUCGAGUGUAUGUUAGGAUGGACGGUUAGGAAGCUGAAGAAACAUCUUGAAAACGUAUAUCCCAGUAAACCAAAAGAAACACAACAGAAAUUGAUCUAUUCAGGAAAGCUAUUACCAGAUGAUGCAACAUUGAAGGAUGUAUUGAGACAGUCACAGGGAUGUCCAUCCCAACAUACAGUCCAUCUAGUGUGUUCUACAGGGAUGGAUUUCAACCCUACACUAGAAAACAAGCCUACAACAUACCGCAUGCCAGAUCCCAGUUAUAAUUUAAAUACCCCUCCAAAUGUGAUGAACACAACAGCAUCUAGUUCAGAAGGUCUGCGUCACAGGAAUCACGGCAGCACAGAUACAACUCCUGGAGUGUCUCAAGGUGGGAUACCUCAGGCAAACUUACAGAUGCCCCAGAUGCAACAGAUGGCCCAGAUGAUGAUGCCUCCUGGUGCAGAAGCCUUUUAUACACAGGAGCAGAUGAUGAUGAUGAUGCACAAUUACUACUACCAAAUGGCAACAGCGCAGUACAUGCAAUACUACCAGACAGGUUUAUACCCUACCCCUCCUAACACACCUACAACACCAUUGGAGGACACAACACCCAAUCAGAAUGAUCUUAACAACCAGGCUCCAGCUAAUGGUGGCGAUGGUAAUGGAAAUAAUUUGGUGAUGAAUGCCCAAGGUGGGAUGAUGGCUGCCGAUGAUGAUGACGAGGAUUUCGGACAAAGGGAUUGGCUUGACUAUGUGCACACCUUGGCUCGCUUUGCUGUACUCAUAAGCAUUGUCUACUUCUACUCCAACUUUACACGUUUCCUGAUUGUCUUUGCUUUCUUUUUCCUCAUUUAUUUAUAUCAGACUGGCUGGUUCCAGCUUGCAAGGAGAGUUCCUGAAAAUCAGCAGGAAGUGAAUGCCCAACAACAGGAGCAACAGCCAACGGAAAAUCAGGAGGAGGAACAACAACAGGUAAAUCCAGAAACAGAUGAAAGACCUGCAGGGGAGAAUCCAUCAGAAGAAGAGAGACCAACCUCUCCUGAACAACCGCCUCCAAGGGAAAGUGUCAUAGCUAUUAUCUGGUGCUUUAUAUCAACAUUUUUUACGUCCUUAAUACCACAGCCACCUCAAGCCGUCAACGCAAAUUAACAGCAACUUUAUUUUUAUUGAUUCAUUACAGACCACAUCCUUGGUGUUACAAGUGAAUUAGCACCAUGUUGAAUAGUAUACAUAAAUUUUUAAGCAGUGUUAUUUUUCAACGACAACUCAAAAAUUAAUAGCUUAUUUGAUAUCACCAUGUUCCUAAUGGUCACAAAGUUGUUUAAACCCUGUGCAGGUACCUGUAUGUGUUUAUAGACAAAGUAUCGAAAUUUCAAAUAGUUAAAUCCAUGAAAGAUAGAAUGUUGGUGUAAAAUUCAAUUUGUAAGGUGAUUUUGAACACCCUUUGAAUAUUUUAUUAUGCAAAUAUUUUCAAAAAAAGAUCUGUUCAUAUUCUUCAUAAAGUCGUAGAAAAUACAAUAUUGGUUUUUUUUCUCAGCGUGUUGGAUGGAAAAAUUUGGCUUAGUGAGUGUAACUUCAUAUAUUGUGAAUCACUUACAUUUGGGAUAUAUUUUCGUGUUUAUAUGCAGGGAGAGUCAAUCACAAAUUUAAAUCCCUUGUCAUUUGCUCUCAAAUAACUCUGGAUAGCAUCCAUGUUGAUUCAUAAACCAAUAUCAGAGUCUUGAAGAAUCCAAAUCUCACGAAAGUUUGCGAAAUAAAAUAUUUGCUAAAAUCAAAGUGAUUAACAGUAUAAUAUGCUUAGUAAAAAAAAUUUUGUUGACUGUUGAGACUUAUUGACUCCUUUUUUUUGAGUAAGCAGGUUUUACUGUCAAAAAGGUCAAAGGUUGGCUUUGAUGACUGUUUAAUUGGGAAAAAAUUAUUACACCAAUCUGUCAUUUCUCAUUGUUUGAUGUUGGUGAAGUGAGAAAGGCAUAUGUAUGGGUUUAAUUAUGCCCAAGAUUCAUGCUUCAAAUCAUUAGGUUUAACGUUACAGUAUCUUUUCUGCAAUAAACCAAUAUCAUGUGUAUAUAACCUAAGACACCAUGUAGGGGGGCAGGCUUAUUACACAGUGAUUAUAAAGCUUUCAUUAGUAUUUCUAUCAAGAAUGUUAUAAGGCUUUUUACCAGGUUUAUUGUCAUAUUAAUCGCCACAUCCACAGUUCCUACCCGAUGGUCUGACGGUAACACCACAGACUUGGAUUUUGGCACCUGUAGUAAUUAAACACAUGCUUUUAAUGAUUAGAAUCAUUCAUCAUUUCCUUCUGAUUGAGGCCAGUUGGUUAUAUUUCUACAAGUUUACAAUGGGGAGGUCAAGAAAGGGCAUUACAUGAAAUAUUUACCUUGUUUCUUCUAUUCUGUCCCUUUCUGAAUCAAUGUCGUCACUAGCAAAUCUAUUUCUUUAGGGAUUUUGACUUUAACUGGUAAAUAUUCAGAACUUUGGAUAAACUUGUGGUUCAAGGUCAAGGUCAUUAUUACAAGUAUUUUUUAGAAAUUUUUUCAAAAUAUGAUGAUAAAAAUUCAUGUGGGAAUGGUGGUGUUCACAUCACUAAGCUUCAAAUAUGUACAUUGUCAUUUUGAUUUUAUGUAUGUUUAUAAUAUUAUGCCAAAACACAUUGAAGAAUAUUCACAAUAUCUUUUUGGUUGUUGUAUGGAAGUACUCUUAUUGUUUGUUUGUUUUGUUUUGUCUUCCAUUAAGUAACAUUGUCUUAUUUUUUAUCGUUAUUGUGCUCAGAAUUCAACUUUGUUAUUUUGAUGAACAUGUAAAAACAUUUUUCUUUCGUUUUUUUUUUUAAUUAGAAAUCGCAGCUUAAAAAAUUAUUUACAAGAUGGCAACAGGUAUUUCAGGUAGCAUAUACAUGUAGCAGUAUAUUAGUUCAGAUAUUUCCCAAUGUUUUGGAAAUUUAUUAUGCUGUUUUAGUAUUCCAACAUAUCUUUUUCCAAAUUUCUGUAUCUCAAGCUAAAAAUUAAUUCAAAUUAUUUUAGUAACAUAUCAAACUAAAACAAACAUAGAAAAAAGAAAAAUUAUUUAUAAGAGCUUCUAUAUUAUAGAUUGGUAUUUUCUGCCCGUCAUCUUAAGAUUGUGAGCUUAUUAUGGGCUGUGCGAGUCGCCUCCUGUCCAUUGUUUGUCCAUCCAUUGCCCAUCCUUAAACAAUUAUUAUUAUCAAUGUUUCUUUAGAAGUACUAAAUGGAUCUUUCUUAAAUUUCAAAUGAAGGUUUCCUUUGGUCCCCAGUUGUGUUCUUUUGAUUUUUGGGCUGUUAAGAGAAGCAAAAUAACUGACACGUGCCCAGUUUGAAUAUUUAUAAUGAAUGUUUGUUUUCACUUUGGAUCUUUCUUAAAUUUCAUAAGUAUGUUCCCCUUGGUUUAGUUCUGCUCAUUGAGUUUGGGACUGAUCAGAAAAACAAAAUGGCUGAUGAUGACUAUCAUUGUUCUGACAGGUAAAGAUCGUUAUUCUCAAAUAACUCUCAAAUAAUUAUCUCAAAUUACUUACAAUUAAGAGCAAAUAAUAGGAAAUAAAAGAAAAAUGGGAAAUAAUGAAACUUUUCACGAAUAUAUAUAUCAAACAAUGGUUGACAUCAAUGUCCAUCUUGGAUACCUUGAUAUUUGAUUCAUUAAAAAAUCACAUUCAUUUUGUAGUUCAAUGUUUGCCUUAAGAAGUAUCUCUCAUAAUCUUCAGAACUGGGGUUUUUUUUUUAUCGUGAGAGUGAGUUCGUUUACAGAGACAUUUGAUAUACUGGUAUAUAGAUAUACCGAUGUAAAUCUUGAUUUAAAUUUAUGUAAAAAAAAGAGUUCUCAGUAUGCCUAGUGUUGUGAACUGCUGAAAAAGCACAAAAUGAUCAUAGACCACCUGGAUUAUUGUAGAAUUAUUAUAUAUCAGUUUUAUAAAUAACUACCAUAUUUGACACAAAAUGCACAAGUUCUUAUUUUGCUUUUGAAAGUACAUUUAGAAAGCAGACUUGCAUGUUUUUAUAAAGAAAACAGUCAAAUCUAAUAAUGUGGGUCAGAAUGAAAUAUUACCAGCUACAUGGUAAAGGUGUUUUGAUGGGAAAAUUUGGAGAAAUUUAAAGAACUUUAAAGAAAUAUGGAAGGGUUGAAAACAUUUUAAUGCUAGAUGGCUACUGAAACCUUUGAUUUACUAAAAGGCCAGCUGUUGUUACCAACAAUAAAGGACAUUGCUUCAGGCGUCAUAUCAAAUAUAAAAACGACAUGUAGAUACCACUCUUUAAGAGAUAUUUUAUUUCUUCUACAAUAAACCCAAAAAGGAUAGGGAUAAGAUGUAAUCUCUCUCUCCAAGUUGAACUAUGAUAUAGUAUUUGUUUGAAAGUAUACUUACACUCCAAAUGAUGGAGAGUUGGCUUUUUAUCUGACAUGGGCUUACUGAUGGAUAAAAGAAAAAUGUUAGAGAGAUCUAUACUGUACACAGGAAAAAAUGUUUACCCUACUUUUGAAAUAAAAUCAAAGUGAAUAACUUGCUUUCAUGUCAAAGGAAAGGAAACAUUUUGUAAAUUUCUGAAAUGUAUCUGAAUGAUGAGUACCUAAAUAAGUUUAUAAAGAAACAAUUUUUUUCUGUGAUAGUGCCGUAUUUUUUCACACUGACAUUUCUGAAUUUUGUGAAGGAUAUAUGUACAUCUGAAUUUUUGUGAUAUACAUUUUUGUUAUUGUGUAUGAUGGAUAUUAUUGAAGUUAUGAAAUGAGAGAGAGAAAGAAGGAGAGAGAGACAUUCUUGUGACACAAUAUUAUUGUAAACAUUGUUUGAAGCAGAUUUUUACAGAUAAUAUUGGUAACCUACACACAUUAAUCCACUAACCCACAUGUAUAACUGUAAACCAAUAUUUUUUUGCUGAAUUUUCUCACCUCAACAAAUUGGUGGAGAUUUACAUUUAGGCUAUACUUUAAAAAUGCUUAUUAAAACUGUCUCAAUGUUUCAAUUACAAAAUUCACAAAAAGCAAGCUCGUACAAAAAAAGGUAAUGGGUUUUGUUGAAAAGGCAUCUGAAAUUUAUGGAUCUAAUACAGUAGUAAUAGUCUUUAUCAUAUACUGGUAUGUGAACAUGCAUGGAAUACUUAAGUUUUCUUUCUUUUUUUCGUUUUUUUAAUUAAAUGAACCUGCUUUAAAUGUUAGAAGGUGCUUUUUAAGAUAUUUGUUUUGUGUGCAUGUGCAAUCUUAGGUAAAAUGUGGAAAAUUUCUCUUAUAAAAUAGAUGACACAAGAUCAAUGAUAGGAGCUGUUUACUGGGGUUGAUCUAGACUUAUUUUACAUUGGCUGUAUCAAAGUUAAGUUUAUGUGUUUGAUACAUUAAUACAGAGGCUUAGAAACAUCCAAAGCUGUCUGUUGUUAUGAAAUUACUUAAUUGUGAUAAGUGGAUGAUUCUUUACGUGAACACUAUUUCUUAAACCAUGGAUUGGGAGGGAAUUGAUGUGGAUAAUGUAAUUCCUUGUUUUUAUUGUUUUACGUUUUAAUUUGUACGGUGUUGUCCCUCUGCCAAAAAAAUGCUGUCCAUACGACUUAAUUUGCUUGAUCAAAUUUUCACAUUUUAAAUGAAAUAAUCUGUUAUCUGGAUUAACAUUUUGUAUGUUGAUGGAAGAAAUAUAAAAAAUUCUUAUUUCAUUCACAAUCUGAAAAAAUUUGAGAAACAAAAUUCUGUUGAAGACAUUUAUGUAUAUUUUAUUAAUUUGAAAUCCAGUUGUGUCCCGCAGAACAAUCUUAGCAAGUUGUUUUUAUGUUUAUUGUUUCCAAAGAAUGGUGAUGGGCUGUACUACACAUGAUGCUUCAUAUUUUAACUCAUUUUAAGUGAUUAUUUUUCAUCCUGAGGAUUUAGGUUUACAAAAUAAUCACCAUAUUUAUCGGGGUUGGGCUUAUAAAAGGACACCAGGGGUCAUCACAACCUCUGAUCCAAUGCCAGAGGUGGGCUUAUUACAGGGAAAUGACAUAAUAUUUCAUGGCUGUGCUUAUUUCCAGUUCAAUGCUGGUAAUAGGAGGUGAUAAAUGAAGGUAUCUUUUGUUUCAACUUUCACUUAUUAAGAGAUUGUUGAAUUUAUUUACUGUCUUCACUGUGACUUAAGACAGAGAUAUGUACGUUUAGAAAUUUCUUUGGCUAGCACUAUUGAAAUUUUUCAUUAUUUAGGAAUUGUUGUUGAAAGAGUCAACAAAUUCAGGAAGUUAUUGUAGGAAAUACAGAAUACUUUCUUGCUGUUUUAUGCAAUAUAUGAAUAAAAAAUAUAUUUACAUGUAAAAUUGGCAGAUGAAGGUUGAAGAGGGUGAGAUAAAUUUGGGUAAAUGUUAAAUAGGUAGAUUUAUCUUAUUUGCUAAUUAGAUAGAUCUGUACAAAAAUGAAGAUUUAGCUGCGUACAAUGUAGUAACCUCUGUCUGAUCUGAACACAUACAUUAGCCUCAUUGUAUUUGAUAUAAACAGGGUCGUUUUCGUUUAUCAAAUUUCCAGUUGGACCAGGGUUGUUUGCUUAUGAAAUAAGGAUGGACCUACUGAACUUACCUUGUUUCUUACAAGCUUUGACAAAGCCUUUAAAGGUCUGUAUUAAUAUUUGAAGGUCCAUCCCAAUGAAUGCCUGUAUUGUUACAUUGAAAGUAGCAAUAAACCAGUUUGUAUAAACAUACAAGCUUCUGUAGACUGUUCACUGUAUAAACAUACAAGCUUCUGUAGACUGUUCACUGUACAUUUAUAUCCCUGUAAUGGUUUAUUGACUUAUAGAAGUGUAUUGAAUCAUUAUAAAAAAAAUUACAGAAAUUCUUCACAAGAUUUAAAAUUCGGAGGUCAACAAGGUAAGCUCCUUUACCAGAACUUGUCUUCCCUUUUCCAUCAUCAUCUGCCAGAAUAGUAUACAGUGUAUGAAAAAGCAGAUGUGUGUUCAUUGUGUUUUAUCUGCCAGAUCAUGUUUGUAAAUCCACUUGCAGAAAUCCAUAUGUGUACUAAACACACUGAGUGUGUCUUUGUUGACGCUAUAUAAACUGAUUAAAUCUAUAUUGGUAAAGAGUAGAA